AAACAGCACUUUUGCAUUCAAAUGGAGCAGAGAUUGGUUUAUCUAUUGACGAACAUAGACGGGGUGUUAUCCUGGUCCAGAGGAUUCUAUGCUCUAGGACCAUGGGGUGCAUGAGAAAGAUAAGCCACCUACUUUCUCAUUACUGUCUUAGAAACCUGGGAGGGCAUUUGGUUAAGCCUUGGGAACCCUGACUUGGGUCUGGGUGGGGAUUGGCCUAGGCAGGAGAAAACCUGGGGGAGGUUCUGGCCUCCCUUUAUAUGGUGUUGCACUUCUUGAGCAGCUGAGACUGAGCACACUCGCCCUAUAGUCACCAAUGACUCAGACCAGCUGGGAUUCAUGUGGAAACAGGAUGUGUGUGCCCUGGCAGGGGAGUGGCAACUGGGAGGAAGAAACCCUGUGCUGAUAGAACUCCAUCAUCUAGACACUUCCAGUCAGAACACAAGUAGACAGCAUGUAUGCAGACCAGACUCUCCUGGCCAGGCCUACACAGACUGCUGAGGUUAGGAUCCCGGUCCAAUCAAGAAAUGUCUGCUCGGCCCCAAGGGCUUAGAACACCUGGGCCCUCACUGGAAGGUUUCCCUCAGAAAGGGGCCAAUCCGGGCCCAGAGAGGACUCAUCCAGCCCCAGGGUAGGGGCAGGACGCUGUAUGGUCACGCCCACUGGCGGGAGGUGUUUGCAGACUGCCCCGAGGACCCAGACCUGUCGACCUGCUCAGACCAAGCUAGCAACUGCCAUCCAUGGGGAACAGCCACUGCGUCCCUCAGACCCCCAGGAGGCUACGGGCCUCCUUUUCCAGAAAGUCCUCGCUUAAGGGAAACAGAGAGGACAGCGCCAGGAAGCUGGCCGGCCUGUUCGGCACCGAGGCUAGGCCUGAUGGGGACACCGCGGCUAACAAGAUCUUCCACUACAUCCCCGGGACGGAUAUUCCGGGCAUGGAAAAUCAGCCAGAAAAUCUGGAACAGCCAUUCCUGAGUGUAUUCAAAAAGGGGUGGCGGAGGACACCUGUGAGGAACCUGGGCAAGGUUGUGCACUAUUCCAAGGUCCAGCUGCGAUUCCAGCACAGCCAGGACAUUAGUGACUGCUAUCUAGAGCUAUUCCCCUCCCACCUGUACUUCCAAGCCCAUGGUUCUGAAGGACUUACAUUCCAGGGGCUGCUACCACUGACAGAAUUGAGCAUCUGCACGAUUGAUGGGUCCAGAGAGCAUGCCUUCCAGAUUACAGGCCCACUGCCUGCCCCGCUCCUUGUUCUCUGCCAUAGUGAAGCUGAGCUCAGCCACUGGCUUUACCACCUGGAGAAGCAAAUGGCUCUCUUGGGGGGUCUGCAACGCUGCCACUCAGCACCCCCUCAGAGUCCUCUGGUGGAUGACCUCCCCUGGACACGGCUAUGGAGAACAUCCAGGUGUGAUUCCAUGGGUAGUGCAAUCUGUGCCUCACGUGUCAAGCUGCAGCAUCUGCCCUCUCAGGAGCAGUGGGACCGGAUUCUGGUACUAUACCCAGCAUCCCUGGCCAUCUUCUCUGAGGAGUCAGAUGGACUUAGUUUUAAGGGGGAGCUUCCACUAAGUGCCAUCCAUAUCAACCUAGAAGAGAAGGAAAAGGAGAUUCGCUCCUUUCUCAUUGAAGGCCGCCUCAUCAACACCAUCCGUGUGGUAUGUGCCAGUUAUGAGGAUUACAGUCAAUGGCUGCUGUGCCUCCGGACUGUCUCUCAUAGAGAUGGGGCCCACCUGCUGCCUGGCCCAGAGAAUUUCCCAGGACUACAUGGACCCACACAGGUUGUGGGUAGAGGCCGAGGUUCACUAUCUUCCAAUGGACGAAACAGCUGGAAAUUAGAGUGUCCAGUGCUCCCCACCAGCCAAUCCCUCCCUGAAUCCUCAGUGCCAGCCACCAUAGGCUUCCCUUCCCAGCCUGCACCUAAACAGACCAACUCUAACUGUGCCAGCACUGGCCGAAAGAAGAUAGAGCUGAAGCACAGUGGCAGUAGCCAGUCUCCCAGGGGCAAAUCUCGAAGGGAAGUAUCUGGCUCAGCUGUCCCACCGCCCCUGCACCUGGACCUAACCAAGAUGAGUGUACAGGACCUAGACAAUGGUCCAGAGGCUCAGGACCACCCUUUGGAUAUUCCACACUCCCCGCUCUAUGCUGAUCCCUACACACCACCAGCUACAUCCCACCGCAAGAUUACAGACCUCCAAGGCCUAGAUGAGCAGUUCCUCUGUGCGAUGCAGACAUCACCUGGACCUGAGCUAUCAAGCCCGUUCCCCUCAGUCUCCGUGUCUGUGCCUGUCUCUGACUCCAGCUCUGGAAUCUCCAGCUCCCCUAGGCCUCUGGGCUCCCACUUGCUCUCCAAGAAAGGUGCCAUGCAGUCCAGAGCUUCCCAGAGACACCGGGGUUCCAUCAAGAACAGGGAGCCACAGCCUUCAGACCUCCCUCAGCUUGUCACCUCUACCAGAGAAAGUACACCCAGUUCCCUGCCACCUCUCCCAGAUGAGGGGGCUUCUGUCUGGAACAAGACUUCCUCUCCCUCCCACCAGAAGUGGCCACAGCUUAGGAAAACUCCAGCGGAGAUGGGACUCAUCCAGUGGAUCUAAUGGGCCCCAGGUGGGCUGCUUCUCAGAAACACCACCAGCUAGCACCAACCUGGAUAAGAAUAUGUAGCCAUACCAGUCCUUUAACCUACAUUAAAUCCACUAGGUCCUAACCUGCAGGUUAAGGAUAUCUCUAGAACUCUGAGAAUAGAAGCACCUCUCACCAAGCUCUAGUUCCUUGGCUUUAGCAGCUAGAGCAACUAAGAGAAGGUGACUCUUCCUAGGAACAAACCAGUGAGGGAAAUCAGUGAGAUCCUGGAUAUCCCCAGGGGUUAUACCUCUAGGGAAGAAAGAAUGGAAGUGCUAGAGCAGAUCCUUACUUAGAGGUGGGGAACAGCAUGAGUAUGAAAUCAGAGCACUGAAAAAGCCAGGUUGUCAAAUUCAGCAUGUGAAGUCAGAGAACAUGAGGGUCAGAGAUCAAUAGGAUGAGAGCUAUCACAAGAAGCAAAGGAGUAUAACAAGAUCCAGUACUGUUGGGUGCAUCGGAUAAGGCUGACCAGAAAGACUAACACCAUAAACAAGAAAGAUAUUUUAUUGGUGCUGUGUCCCAGUGUUCCCCUCUGAACAGCCAGAGUACCCCACCAUCCUAAGGACCUUCGUGUACUGUCUUCACUAUGCCACCUCAGUCCCCUCACCUACCUUCCCACUCUACAACUUCUCUUAGCCUUGGCUUCAUUCAUGCUCCCCAUAGUAUCAGGAAACAAUCCUUCCACAGGAUGCUAUCAAAUUCUAUGCAUAUCCUGUCCAGGGCUCUUGGAAAAGAUCCAACCCUGCCCCACAGAUCCCAUAUUGCAGGGGCCUCAGAAGCCACCCCUAGAACAGUGGUUCUCAAGCUGUGGGUUGCAACCCCCUUGGCAAACCUCUAGCUCCAAAAAUAUUGAUAUUAUGAUUCAUAACAGUAGCAAAAUUACAGUUAUGAAGUCACAAUAAAAAUAAUUUGAUGGUUGGGGGUCACUAUGACAUUAGGAACUGUAUUAAAGGGUUUCAACAUUAGGAAGGUUGAGAACCACUAUUCUAGAACAUAUUCAUAGACUCAGGCCAGGCCUAGGAAACUUGUGGCUGUGGUGCCUCAGGGAUCAGGGCCUUGGAGACCUUUGUCAGCCAAAGUCUGCCUUUCAAUAGGGCAAAAUUCUUGCACUGCCUCCCUCUAGCUAUGAAGGCACUUAGUAGCCUCUUGGCCUAGACUUAUUGUAGAGUCCUCUUCUGCUGCUUGUCCUUUAUUUAUGACUAGACAAAAUGCAAGGUGCCCAAUUAAGUUAGAUUUCAGAUAACAACAAAAACUUUCUUAUACGAGUACAUCUCAAGAACUUCAUGUAAAUUCAAAUACAGCUAUGUGCCCUGUGGUUUUUACUUGCAAAUCUGAAGCCCUAUUACCCAGAUCCUGAAUCUCAACCCUCUGAGGUAUGGAAAAUGAACUUGGCCUUAGCCACUGGCUGGACCCUUAGGUUGAGCCCAAGUAAGUCAGCACCAAGGAUACUGGCUCCUUCCUAGAUGCCUCAGAAGACAGGGAUUAAAGGAUGGAGAGAAGAGCAACAUCUUGUCCUUGUCACCUGGGUUAAUUCCCAUGUCCCAUGCUUCACCAGGCCAGCCUGGCUCCUAGCAACUUGGACUUGAGUUGCAACUGGGUCUUGGUCUGCCAUUAUGCCCUCUCCCAACCUGACGGCGGAAGUAGCGGAUAGCAGAGAUGGUGCCAAUGUUGGCCAGCAAGACUGUAAGAGAGACACAAGAUAUCCUGAAUGCCAGCUCUGGCUUCUCACUACCGUCUGCCUACAUAACCCAGCCUUCAAAUGACAGUAUGUUGGAAGUAGGUUAGCAAUGACAAAAGCAAGGUCAAAUACAGCCUGAACCUCCCGUGUACCCUUCACCCCUGCUGGCCCAGCAGAUGUAGUAAACAACUAUAGCCCCUAGAUCUUCUAAGCACAACACCCUCUAUCCCCAGGACCUCCAAACCUGUUUUCCAAGCAUCUGGGGCAUGUAGGUCAGAGGUUCUCACAGCCCAAGUGGCAAAGGCAACAAACACCAGGCACAUGUCAUUUUGACUGAAUGUAAAUGAAGUAAAAGGACUUCGUAGCUCUCCUAAGAAAGAAAAGUACAUUAGAUGCUCCUCUCUGAGAUAUGCCUAACAUUAAAUGCCAUCUGUCUUA